UAGUCAUACGCCCUUGUACUAUCCGUGGUUUACAUGCGCAACCACACAACCCCACGCCGAGGGAUCACCAUCGCACGACCGGGGUUCGUCAUGACGUUGAUACACAUGAUCAAACGCUUUAGAGCGCCUAUAUUUCUAGGGUUAGUAGUGUAUAUGAUCGUGGGCUUCCGUGCACCUGCUGGCAAUACAUCGAUGCCUGAGGCAGCAGCGCCCAAUGUUAUACCAGGACGUAUGUAUGAGACGAAUCAUGCAGAUAUAGAUGAACGCAAGGUGCAGGUGGCUGCGAACCAGAAUGUGUGGAAGGGUGACCCUGCUGGGAUUAACACAGAUAACAUUCGCCAGGAGAUGCAGCAAAAUGCUGAUGAUAGAAAAGAUAGUAACAAGGAUAUAUACGAUGAAAGUGAUAAUAAUCCCAGUUACAAGCAUGAAGACGAAAACCUUGAGGACACCGAGCGGGAGAGAGAACGCUUGGAAGCGCGGUGA